CGUGCGGCCCGUGUGUGGGCAGCCGGGUCACACUCUCUUCUUAAGAAAACAGUCCUGCUCCAGGUCCUCACCGCCCUUUGUUGUCCUCCCCACGAGGUGAUCAGUUGAAGUCUCUGUGGUGACAGCACCAGUUUGUAACAGGCUUGUCUUCCACGGUCCUGUCUCAGGCUUGCUGGCAGGCUUGCCUGAAGCUCUGACAAGAGUGGCAGCACAGGCGUCUCAGUGAAAGAAGGAGAGGCAAGCAACAGGAGGCUUCGGCUUGAAGGUCACACUCACUGCCGUCCCGCUGUAAUGACUUGGCUGGAAGAACUAAGCCGGCAGCUUCACAUUUCCUUGCUGGUUGUCCUGCCUGUGCACACAUGGGGUGUUUUGCUUCUUCGUGACCUGGUCAGAUUCCUGGAAGAUAAGGAAGACAUAAGCCAAGCUGCACUGAGUUCUCAGGCUCCCUUGACAACAUGCUGUUGCGAAGUUCAGGAAAAUUAAACCUGGGCACCAAGAAAGGGGAUGGUGAGAACACAGCCCCCACCCCUCGUCCAAAACUCUUGCGGUGCAGAUGCCACCACCAUUGUCCAGAAGACUCAGUCAACAAUAUUUGCAGCACAGAUGGAUAUUGUUUCACGAUGAUAGAAGAAGAUGAUUCCGGGACGCCUGUGAUCACUUCCGGAUGUCUGGGACUGGAAGGCUCAGAUUUUCAGUGCCGGGACACCCCCAUUCCUCAUCAAAGAAGGUCAAUUGAAUGCUGCACAGAACGGAAUGAAUGUAACAAAGAUCUACACCCUACACUGCCUCCACUGAAAAAUAGAGAUUUUGUUGAUGCAUCUGCACACCACAAAGCCUUACUUAUAUCUGUGACUGUUUGUAGUUUGCUCUUGGUUUUUAUCAUUUUAUUCUGUUACUUCAGGUAUAAAAGACAAGAAGCCAGACCUCGGUACAGCAUCGGGUUAGCACAGGAGACUUUCAUUCCUCCCGGAGAAUCCCUGAAAGACCUGAUUGAGCAGUCUCAGAGCUCAGGAAGUGGAUCAGGCCUCCCUCUGCUGGUCCAAAGGACUAUAGCGAAGCAGAUUCAGAUGGUGAAACAGAUUGGCAAAGGCCGCUAUGGGGAGGUUUGGAUGGGGAAGUGGCGUGGCGAGAAGGUAGCGGUGAAAGUGUUCUUCACCACCGAGGAGGCCAGCUGGUUCCGGGAGACGGAGAUCUAUCAGACUGUCUUGAUGAGGCAUGAAAACAUUUUGGGGUUUAUUGCUGCAGAUAUCAAAGGGACAGGAUCCUGGACCCAGCUGUACCUGAUCACAGACUAUCAUGAAAAUGGUUCCCUCUAUGAUUACUUGAAGUCCACCACCCUAGAUAUUAAAUCAAUGCUGAAGUUAGCCUAUUCUUCUGUCAGUGGCUUAUGUCAUUUACACACUGAAAUCUUUAGUACUCAAGGCAAACCAGCAAUUGCCCAUCGAGACCUGAAAAGUAAAAACAUCCUGGUGAAGAAAAAUGGAACUUGCUGUAUAGCCGACCUGGGCCUGGCUGUUAAAUUUAUUAGUGAUACCAAUGAGGUGGACAUACCGCCCAACACUCGAGUUGGCACCAAGCGCUAUAUGCCCCCAGAAGUGUUGGAUGAGAGCUUGAACAGAAAUCACUUUCAGUCGUACAUCAUGGCUGACAUGUACAGUUUUGGGCUCAUCCUUUGGGAGGUGACUAGGAGAUGUGUGUCAGGGGGAGUAGUGGAAGAAUACCAGCUUCCCUACCAUGAUCUGGUGCCCAGCGACCCCUCUUUUGAGGACAUGAGAGAGGUUGUGUGCAUCAAAAAGCUGCGUCCCUCCUUCCCCAGCCGGUGGAGCGGCGAUGAGUGUCUCCGGCAGAUGGGGAAGCUGAUGACCGAGUGCUGGGCGCACAACCCGGCCUCAAGACUGACGGCCCUGCGUGUUAAGAAAACACUCGCCAAAAUGUCGGAGUCCCAAGACAUUAAACUUUGAUCUGAGGGGCUGGGGGGCAUUGCUGGAGAACGUCAGAUCUUCUUUUCUUCGUGGGCAAAGCAAAAAAUGUUCCAGAAGCAUCCACAGUACAAGCCUUGAAGGUAGCCUUGCUUCCCAGUGGGUUCAGCCUCGUCUCUCAGGGAGCAGCCUCGACAAAGAAGUUCCCAGAAACAGAUUCAUCAUGUCUGGAGGAGGUCGAAACUGCUUGGGUAACUUGUUCAAGAAAUGAUGCUUUUUGCUUUCUAAGAAAGCCCCAUAUUUUGAGAUUGCCCCCUUUUAUCCCUGAAAGAUGCUUUAAUUUUGCCAAAAUAUAACAAAUAAUUUAGGUGUUUUAAGGUUUAUACUAGUAUAGUUUAAAUAAGAACAAUGAAAAUUCUUGCCGGAAAUUCUGCUGGAAAGUGAAUUAAAAUAGUUUUUCCAUUGGUAAAAUGUUAUUGCACUCUACACACCAAAAGACAGUCUGUGAAGUUGGAGAAUGCAGAGUGGAACUCUCUGGAAAGCCCCUGCCCCACCCCUCAGACCACUUUGGCCUGCCCGCUCUGGGCGCAGCCUCAGCAAUGUGAAUGCACCUGGGUACAAACACCACCUGCCUGGGACCGCCCGUGGGCGUUCCUGCAGGUGACCUUUUGCAGCUUCAGAGGAUAUGGAACAAAUGAAGACUUUAUGUGAUUCUAGUAGAAGUAGUAAGUGUCAGUGUUCUUCUUCAGAGCCAUGUGGUGUUUCAGACUCUGUUGGGUAUUUCUUUCAUGGUCGAAUCCCUUCCUUUUCAUUAAAUACAAACAAAGCCUUU